CGCUUCACGCCCCCAGAGAAGAGUUUCUUCAUCCGGCAACUGGUGAAGGCUUUUUUCCAAGUCACAUGAUCCAGGAUGCAGGGGGAAAAUCCUUUUUGGAACAGAGCUGAGGGCAGAAUCGAAUCAGAUGAGGAGAGAUAAGGUGUGAUGUGGGGCAGAGUAUAUAAAGCAUGGAGCCAGGACUGCAGCAAGCAGGCAGCCGUGGGGCCCCUUCCCCUGACCCAGCCAUGCAGAUGCCACCCGACUUGGUGGCCAGCCCCUGGAGAAGCAUGAGGCCCUGGAGAACCACAAGCCACAGCUACUUCUACCUCAGCACGGUCGCACUGGUGUGCCUCGUUGUGGCGAUGGCGAUCAUCCUGGUCCUGGUAGUCCAGAAGAAGGACUCCACUCCCAGAACAGCUGACAAGGUUCCCCUUAGAGGAGGAAAUUGCUCAGAUGACCUCUUAUGUAUCGUGAAAAGACAUCAUUUCAAGAAGUCUUGGGCUUACCUCCAAGUGUCAAAAAAUCUCAACAAUACCAAACUGUCAUGGAACCAAGAUGGUGCCAUCCAUGGAGUCGGAUACCAGGAUGGGAGCCUGGUAGUCCAGUUCCCAGGCUGGUACUUCAUCAUUUGUCAACUGCAAUUCGUUGUGCAGUGCUCAAAUCAUUCUGUGGACCUGACGUUGAAGCUCCUCAUCAAUACCAAAGUCAAGAAGCAGACACUGGUAACAGUGUGCCAGUCUAGAAUUCAAACUGAGAACAUCUACCAGAAUCUCUCUCAGUUCUUGCUGUCUUACUUACAGGUCAACUCCACCAUAUCAGUGGUGGUGGAUAAAUUCCAGUACGUGGAUACAAAAACUUUUCCACUUCAAAACGUGCUGUCCAUCUUCUUAUAUAGUAGUUCAGACUGAAUAGUUGCUCUUGACCUUUAAGUAGAAAAAUGUUGUCUACCAUAUAGUACUUCAUCUGUCCAAACAUGGGCAAAAAGAAAUGUUAGGACAGCUGAAACUAAGUGUAUGAAUUAGUGUACUCCUCUUCUGUCCUUUGGAAAGAUACAGCUCCUUGACUUAAAAAGUGAAGUCUCCUUCAGAUGGAUAGCAAGGAAGGAACAUAGUAUGUGGACAGAUACCUACAUGGGUACUAGAAGGGUUUGGGUUGCCCCAGCCUAACCACUAGUUCACUGUUUGACCAUGAGCCCCUUUUCCUCUCCCUGAAACUCAGGGUCUGCAUCUGAAAGAGUGGGAGAUGGGGUUUGUGUCUCCCUGGUGUUUCCUUCAUCUCAGAAGAUGAAAUUUGUGAGCUGAGAUUCCAGAUAGAGUUCUGGAAGGUCCCAAGCAGAGGAAGGCCCCACAUGUCAUGAUGAAACUAAUACCACCAGGAAUGUCUGUCUUCUUGUCAUCUCAGAGGGUCAUAGGGACUCCAUGCUGCCUUGUAGAAUGAUACUCCACCAGCCUGUAAUGCCCAAGGUGAUGCUGUCUCUUACCUAGGGAGUAGCUGCUGCCAUCUCCUUGUAUGUACUUGUGGCAUUCCCUGCUUCAAACACCUCAGUCCAUUUUUAGUAUGGUUUUGAAGUCCCCCAAAAAGUUUUUGACAGACAAUGAGGAUCCUGAAAAAGAGGGGAGCUUCUGGGCAACAGACAUCAACAGUCUUUCCUGACCUGAGAGGCCACUCAGUUCCCCUAGCCUCAUCAGGCUUGGGAGUUCUACACCAUUGUAGAAGACAGACUUGAACAAAUCAUUUGAAUUGAUGCAUGAGCCCCUGGGAGGUAUGCUUCAGUAAGGAAGGCGAGUCCUGCCAGGGCUGUGUGAAAGGAUGGAGUAAAAUAUGAGUUUCUCUAAAGGAAAAGAGAAGAAUAACGUUUUUCAGAGAAAGGCUAGAACAGAUUUAAAAGGAUAAGAAUAAAACGCAGCUGUUCUGAUGUGUGAGUGGAACACAGGGAAACAAAGAUGACGAAGAAGAGCAGCCAUGUCAACCUCCUCUUUGGUCUCCUCUAUAGGUACAGGAAGAGGAGUUGCAUUGUAAGGUCAAGUUACGGUGUGUGGUCAAAUAGAAUGAGGUACCGUGAACUCAGUGCUGGAGGGUAAGGGGACCAGCAGUGUGAGUGUUGUGCUCAGAUGUGGGGCAAGUGAACCUUAGGUUAAAUCAACUGGAGCAUUCU